AUGGUGCAGCUGGAUAGAACCAUCUGCCGAUUUGAGGUUCAAGGCUGCGUCUCCUCCAUGGCGUACAGCGACGCAAGCAGCGCUUGCCUUGUGAGCACCAUCAUGAACGGAACACACAUCUUCAGCAUGGACGGCGCAGAUGACUCGUCCGAACGGUACGCAGCGCGUGUAGAAAGUUUCCCGCAUCAUAUUGUUGGUGGUGACCCCAUCGUUUCCGCCUGCUUUCUCUCCUCAGGCACGUGUCUCGCCACCGGGUCGGCGAUGGGAGGCAUCACCGUUGUCUCACGCCAGUCGCGGGGAGUGUUGCGCUGCUACACCUUCCAGGACGGGGCGCCGGUGCUGUCGCUGAGGGAGGUGCCGCAGCAGCCGUCGCUGUUGCUCAGCAGCUCGCCAGGGAGCGUGCAGCUGAUUGACGUUGAACACGCCGCGGUGCGGUUGGACCUGAUGGUUCCAAAGCCUCGUAUCGUGGGGGCGGUGGCGGUCACCGGCGACACCUUCGCAGUGGCCAACUACGAUGGGAAGGUGCUGCUGUACGACGCACGGCGUGGGUGUGAGCCGGUGACAGUUCUCUCUGUUCCGGACCAGAUCACCAGUGUUGCAGCGGCGCCGGACACGGGUGCUGUGGCUGCAGGCACUGUUGGGGGUCGCGUGUUUGUUAUGCGCUGCACGCCCGGAAAGGUGCGAGAGGAGGCAUUUGGCACAGGCAAG